UGAAAGUGGUGCAUAUUUACUUCUAUGAAUCAGUGCUUCAUUAAGAUUAGAACCCAGGCUUCUUGUUCAUAUUUCUUUGAGCGCUAUUUAUUGGAGGCACGUCCGGCUCUUAAAGAAGACAUUACAGGGAAAAGUUGAUUUUUCUACGUGUAAGAAAUGGCUUCAAAAACAUCGAAACAGGAUUUUUUUAUGGUCAGUGUAGUAAAAAUCUAUUAAGAGAAACCACGACUCAUCAUGGCCGAAAGAAUUGAUUGGGUGGAAAUUCAGGAGCCUCAUUCUGGAGAUUUGAUGUAUGCCAAUAGAACUGGAGAAUGUUUAUGGGAAGCACCAAUAUCUGCCAAAGUGAAGAAAAGCAGCACAAAUCAAUGGUGGGAGCUUUAUGAUGAAAAGACAAGACGAUAUUAUUAUUAUAAUGCACACACAAAACAAACUGAAUGGAGGAAGCCAAAAGAUUGUGAUAUUAUAACUCUUGCAAAAUUACAGAAUUUGAAAGGAAGAGCAUCAAAGCGACGAUCCAGUUCAUCUAGAAAGGAAGGCUCAAGUCGUCGACGUGGUUCAACGCCGAAUAAAGAAGGUGGAAAGUUACAGAGUCAACGUGAUGACGAACGUUCGUUGCCAAGAAAGUACACUCGGCAUAAUUCUGGAGAAAGUCUCUCGUAUGCGAGAAAGACCAGCUCAUUCUCAAAGUCAGAGAACCAAGGGCAUUCUUCAAAAUUGAAUGAAACUAUAGGAAAUGACAAAGAGGGUACAUCUGGUGAUUACACAUUAGAUAAGGUGGAAACAAAAGAUAGCAGCAUUGAUGAUGAAAGUAAUUAUUUCAAGGGCUUUAGGAGGCGCUCAUCGGAAAAAGAAGAAAAUGUUGUUAUGAAUAUCCCUCAUAUGAACGUGAAACCUCAUACUUCUAAUUCAAAUAUGGAUCUUGAUGAUACAUCUUGUUCAUCGGAUAUGGACAAUACAACAAGACAUAUUAAAUAUCUUAACAUUAGCGGAGAAAUUACUGAAGAAUGUGACGAGGUGCCUUAUGAACUACAACAACCAGAUGACGCAGAUUGUAAUACAGAGGAAGAUGAAAGUUUUACAUCAUUUAAUGCUCUUGUUCCUCCACCAUUAAGUCCAUCAAUCAAAGGGAACAUGAUGAACUCUACAACAAUUCAUCAAUCCAACUACGUUAGUGAUGGCCCUGUUUCUGAGUCGGAGACGGCUGCUUUAAACGAUUCUCUAAACGACACCAGGAAUGUUGAAUCAAAUAUAAACGUAGAGCCGUCAACAAUUCCCCCUGAAGAAAAUAGUCCGUGGAUACACUCUGAGGAUAUACCUCGUACGACUUCCUUCUUUAAUAAAAUGGUUGAUCAACAGGGAAAUCUGAAAAUGUUUAAUCAAGAUGAGCAUUCUUACAAAGUUCAACGACACGAGAGUUAUAGAAGCAGUAAUAGACAGGUAUCACCUCCUGUUUUACGCGAGGAAGGUGGACGAAGAAGAUCAAACUCGCUGGAACCCCAAGCAUACGAUAAUGUCACAUCUCCUUUUCAUUCAACCUACGAUAAUCUGAGACCUGACGAUUUCGACGACCAAGGCGCUUUCGCGACAAGACUUGUCUCUGGUGGCAUGCCUCAUACGACUGCUCUCCUUGUAGAAGAUUGCGAACCUGACGAGAUGAUGUCGACUCCUGUAAUGCCAAAUAGGGGCUCAGGAAUAUAUCAACAUCAGGUCUCAGACACUGCAGUCCUUCACAACUUUGAUAGUGAAGAUCAUCAUGGGAAUACAUUAGUCAGAUCAAAUACCUGCCCUGUGGUUAGGACAAACCACGAUGUUCCCCUCACACCUCCCCCUCCUGUGUUGAAGAAAUACGUCGAAUGUCGAAUACCCGUGCAGUCAAGACGCGGUUUAUUUGGAAGGAAAGAUAAUUUAACAGGAAUGCCUUGUCAUUCUAAACAAGCUUUAAAGAAGCCAGUGCUCAAUAUUCGCGACAAGCAACUGAAAAAGGAAGCUAUAGAAAUGUUCAAACUUGUCUUGGUUUAUAUGGGAGACAAGAGUAGUCAAAAUAAAGAAUGUGAUGUUGCUUUGUGGGAGAUCGUAACGAAAGCAUGGGCGAACCAACCUUUAAGAGAUGAGCUUUAUUUCCAAUUGAUUAAACAAACCACUGACAACAACAGUUCGUAAGUGUUGAUUUAUCUUUCAAAAGGUUGGGAACUUAUGGCUGUAUGUUUGUCGAUGUUUGCUCCAUCUGCAAAAUAUCAUAGUUAUCUCGAUGGAUAUGUUUCUAAUCAUUUGAAAGACAGCCAUCAACCGACCAAUAAAAUAUUAGAACAAGAAAUCUCGAAUCGAAUCGCUCAUUACGCUCAAAAUUGUCAAUAUAAAUUAGAAAAAAUGGAAAAGACAGGUUCACGAAAAGGACAGCGACAACCAACACUUGAGGAAGUUCGCUCAGCCAAACGAGCAAUAUUCCAUCCGUCCAUGUUUGGCAGUACCUUGGAUGAUACAAUGGCGAUGCAGCAACAUAAAUUUCCUGAUCAUAAACUUCCUUGGAUUCUUACUUGUCUUACGGAACAAAUAUUAAAACAAAAUGGAACCUCUACUGAAGGCAUUUUUCGUGUACCGGGAGAUAUUGAUGAAGUGAAUGCACUCAAAGUAAAGACAGACAACUGGUGUUAUCCUGACGACUGCAACGAUCCAAAUGUUGCUGCGUCACUUUUGAAGCAAUGGUUCAGAGAACUUAAGGAUCCAUUACUUGAUGAAUGUGUUUAUGAAAGAUGUAUUUCCAAUUGUGAUGACGAAGUAAUCUCAUGUAGUAUUGUCUCGUCUCUGCCAAAUAACAAUCGAUUUGUUUUGUGUUUUAUCAUUCGUUUCCUUCAGAUAUUUUGUCAGCCAGAAGUAAUUCGUGUCACGAAGAUGGACGUUAAUAACCUCGCUAUGGUUUGGGCGCCCAACUUUUUACGCUGUCCUUCCAACGAACCUAAAGUAAUUUACGAAAAUACUCGUAAGGAAAUGGCGUUUGUACGAACCUUACUCAAUUCAUUCGAUGCCAAAUUCAUGGAAGGCGUUAAAUAAUAGUGCAUGGAUCCCUCGUGAAUUGUUUGAACAAAAAGUAACGAAAAGAUUUCCAAUUUUUAUGGGAAAUAAGACUAAUUCAUGCUUACUAUGUAAGUAUUUUUGCGAUAUACGUGUUUAUCAAUAAUACAUUAUCUGUUUUUAAUCUUCUGCAUGCACGCUCAACUCAUGGACAAGUAAAAAAAUGUACUGGUUAUAAUAUUCAUUUUACUUGCAAAAUUUGAGUAUUACAAAUUGUGAUUUAGUUUUAAGUUCAUCACUUACGCAAAUGCUAACUUUCUUUAUAAAGAACGGCGAGAUUUAUUUUUAAAUAUACUGAAGUUGAAUUUUUGUGAAGCUAAAGAGAAACUUACGAUUAAUACUGAAAUCAAAAUCACCGUUUAAAUAUUAACGUCUGUAGAUAAUUAUUGCAACACAUGUAAUGUUAAUGUAUUGUACAGAUAUAUACAAGUUUAUUUUCUCAUGA